ACAAACAUAGUACAAACAAAGAAUUAAUUGAUUUUGCAAAAAGAAAUCAUCUGUCAGCUACAUACAUACGACUUCGGGGGCGGGAAGAAUUGAUAGAGUUAGCCAAUCAACGUACAGAUCAGUAAUAAGUCGCAUACUCACGAUAGUGAUGUGUAUGUAACCUCACGUGCCGGGUGGAAUUUUUGAGACAUUGAAAAGUAAAUUUCUUGCCCAGUGGAAUUUGUCAAACAAACAUUCGUAAGCGAUGAUCCAAUUGUUGUAAACACUUGAGUGUAUUCAGUGAAUUAUUUGUGACAAAAAUGUUGCUCAGAACAUUGUUAAGACGAGGAGCCGAAGUAAGUUCUCUGCCGCAGAAGAUAGGUUGGAGUAGAUACGUACUUCUUCGCCGAUAUGCGACGGAAAAUCUAGAGGAAUCCCAGAAGCCGUCAGAAUCGGAAGCAAAAGUAACAGAGCUUCUGAACGAUGCUGCCAGCUUCAACGAAAUGGGAGACCCGUCUUGGCAGACAUCUCCAUAUCCUCAGACUGCAGCGAUUCCAGGUCAAGAGGAGAGAAUUCGUCAGGAUCCUACCGAGGCAUCAAUAGUAAUGUUCCCCGGGCAAGGAACAAUUAAAGUUGGACAUGUAACCGAGUAUUUACGGUUCCCCAGAGUUAAAGAGAUUUUUGAAAUUGCUAACGAGGUUCUCUCUUAUGACGUAUUAAAACUCCUCCAGAAGGGGCCGAAAGAAAAACUCAAUAGAAGUGAAUUCAAUCAGACAGCGACCCUUGCCCUGUCACUCGCAGCAAUAGAAAGACUCUGGGAGGAAAGACCCCGAGCUGUUAACAAUUGCAGAGCUGUGGCAGGUUAUAGUGUUGGAGAACUUGCUGCACUUGUAUUCUCGGGAUGUAUCAGCAUGGAGGAUGGCUUGAGGCUUGCUGCGGUCAGGGGUGCAGCUAUGCAAGCUGCUUCCGAUGCAGCACCUCAGGGGAUGCUUUCUCUUUACUGCAAGGCUGGUAGCAACAUAGCAGAAGCUUGCGAAGAAGCUAAAAGUUAUGCCAUGAAUAUUGGGGUGUCUGAGCCGGUCUGUAGUAUUGCCAUUUACCUCCAUCCGCAGACAAAAAUUUUAGCUGGACAUCAACAAGCUCUGGAGUACAUAGAGCAAAACUCCGUGAAGUUGGGGUUCAGACAUUUGCGGAAAUUACCUUUAUCCGGGGCAUUUCAUACAGAAUUGAUGAAGCCAGCGCUGAAGUCUUUCCGUAAAGCACUCGAUAAGGUAGAUAUUGAAAAACCGCGAGUCAAAACUUUCUCAAAUGUCACGGGCAAACCUUACUACGACGCUGAAGACAUCAGGAAACAGUUGCCGAAGCAGAUAUACAGACCCGUAAAAUGGGAACAGAUCCUGCACGAAAUUUUUUCGAGGGAUCAGGGUAUUGAGUUCCCCAGAUCCUUUGAUAUGGCCUCUGCUGGAAUCAUGAGAGCAAUAUUGAGCAAAAUUAAUGCCAAAGCAGCGGCGAGUUGUUUCACCAUUUAGGAUGUAAUAAAACCAGGUGAUAUUUUGUACUCAUAAUUUUCAAUACAGAUUUAUUUCAAUGUGUAUAUCAAUAAAAACAGAAUGGGUCUGCGUGACAGUA